AUGUACGCACUUUUCUAUGGAGUACUUUCGUCCGUACCUCCAUACCUUCAGCUCUACUAUCAUGAUGCCCUAGGUUUCUCGUCUGAUCAAAUCGGGUUUGUCCUGGCUAUUGCACCGUUUAUUCAGUCCCUUGCUUGUCCACUGUGGACCAGUCUUGUGGAUCGACGACCCAAGUUUCAUGGUGCAGUCAUGGCACUUACGAGCUUCGUCGGUGGGCUUGCCGUCAUGGGAAUCAUGGUACUAGGCCAUAUCAUUUCAGCAUCCAACAAGAGGAACGAUCAAUAUAUACCACCACCUCAGUCACCACAGCAGCUACUAGUAGCAACUGGAGCACUCAUCUAUCGAGACGAAGACUCGAAAAGCGACAGCAGUGGCGGUGAUUUUGCGGCAAUGACAACGAUGACGAUGGUGAUCCAGCAACCACCGCAACUCGAUAAUCAUACCGUUGUGUGGCUCAUUUCCAUUCUCUCACUAUUGAUUGCAUUCUUCACUCUACCCAAUGUAUCAUUAGUCGAUAGUGCAGUGAUGAAAAUCCUGGGUCCAAACAAAAUCUUAUAUGGCAGCCUGGAUGUCCUGUUUUGGGUGUUUGGUGUUUCGACAGUGGCCUUCAUCGUUUGUGCUCUCAUGACUAAGGUCACUGAUGAUUAUGUGCAAGUACCAAUAAUGUCAUCGAGUGAACCAGAGUAUCAGUACGAUGAGGAUUCACCAGCAGCAGUAUCAUACUCUCCUUCUCAAGGUCAUCGUUCUACAAUGCUUACAAUUGACGGCGGUCUCAUAGAAAACCUAGAAAGUGAUGCCGAGCGAACAUUGCGUGUCGGCAGUCAUCCAGGGAGUCACCAGCAAGAAGAGGAGAAGCUAUUACAACAGUACAACAGCAACAACUACCAAACGAUUUCAGCCUUUCACGAUAACGAUAAUGACGAUGACGGCGAUGGUGGUCACGGGACAACUACAUUCAACAACAACAACAACAACAAGCUUUUCAGACCGAAAAGCAGACACUCGAUCAUAUCGACUGCUCAUACACUACGCGAAGAAGCUGACGAACAACUAGACCGUAGCAACAACAAUCUUGAUCUCAGCUUAGCGAUCUCAAGGGUGACUUCGACUGAACAUUCACUGGGCGCUGGUGUGAUUGGUGCUGCUGGUGGAGAAUCUUCAGCUGAAGAAUCUGGGCUGCUAGUGGACCGGGUGCCUGAAACACAGGAAUUAUUCAAAUCGCCACGAGUGCUCUGUUUUCUGACGACGACAUUACUGUUUGGUGUUGUUUUAUCCAUGAUUGUCAAUUUUCUGUUCUUGUUUUUAAAUCGUGAUCUGCACACUCCAAAAAGUUGGAUUGGGUGGACUGGACCUUUAGGUGGCAUUACCGAGCUAUUAUGCUUUUGCUUUUCAAAGCAGAUGACGGAAUGUUUAGGAACUACUGGUCUUGUCAUUGUUGCGCACGCUGCAACAAUAAUUCGUUGCUUAGCCUAUACAAUCUUACCACCGGAUACAUUGACAACAAACAUUAGUGCGCUGUUGCUGCAAACACUCCAUGGUAUCGGCUUUGGUAUAUUUUGGGGAACUGCAGUUAGUGAAAUGGACUCACUCUUCCCACCUACACAGAGGGCUAUGGCGCAGGGGAUUCUGGGUGCCUUACAUGCUGGCCUUGGCACAGGACUCGGGGCCUUCAUUGGAGGUUACCUUUAUGAGUACUUUGGGGCUGUUUGGCUAUUUCGAUCGGCGGCUGGACUUGCGUGUAUCAGUAUAUCAAUUUUUUGUGUGGGUCGAUUAAAGCGGUUCGACACUACAUAUAAAUCUAUCCACUAAUUUCUAUUGCUAACUGUUGUGUUUAU